AUGCUUGCCUCGCAUAUUGAAUGUAUUGCUGUCAAAGGCUGUCAAAUCAAUCUCCCCGGAUCAGGACAAAUAUCAUGUGCAAAGUUUUGCCACUUUAUAGUGGACGGAGUAUCACCAUCAUUGUUGAAAGCAGCAUCAUAUGAGAACACUGGUCGAAAGAAGGUCUUUGCUGCGAAGUUAUUUACCAGAAUAUGCCAACUUAACAAUUACAGACUAUUGGACGGGGAAGCAAAACACUCAUAUGCAUCUUGUUUACAAAAACUAAAUACCCAUCUUCUCAUGGAACGCAUCUUCUUGAACUUUCCUGGAUAUUCAAUGACUGUUACUCAAAUCCAAGCAAAUGCUACAAAGCGACUUCACAAAUUCCGCAAUAGAUACCAUUUUUCAAGUGACGCGAAGCGGAUUUACAAGGAAACAUACUACUCGCAGACCUUCCUAGGCAGUAGUAUCACCGUUACACUGGUAGUGCACUGCCGUUCAAUCAUGAGAAGAGUGCCCCGAAAACCGUUCCUUUUUACGGUAAGAGAUCAAGUAGGUACGGAAGAGCUGUUUUUGAACAGCUGUGUGUUAUGCAAAGACCUGCCAAAAUGGCUGACUGACGGGCUCAAUCAUGGUGGAACUGUUCAAUUGACUAAAAUGAGUCCAAGUCAUUCUAUGAUCUCAUUUGCCGUGUUAGGCACCUCAUUGACUUUGACAAUUGUCGCUUUGGCAAUGAGUGCCUGGGAUUGUGGAAACUUAUUCACGGAUUGCCAAGAAACCAAAUUCAGGUCGAGAAUUAUAGGAAUUGCUGCAUUACUCAUCCUGGCAGUGGCAUGUUUCAUCUUGAUUCUGAUUAUGGAUGUGCUUACGUUCUGCAAUCCAUCAGUCUCAGCCAAUUUGUGCUUUCAAAUCGUCUACUACGCUCUUCUGCUUCUUGGACCCAUGUCUCAUCUUGCUGGGGUGUUUAUUUACACAAGAGAAACUGGACGGCAAUGGUCUUACUUUCUGGCCGUUUGGGCCAGUGUAAUGGUUGUUCAAGCAGCCUGGUUUGUGGCUAUUAGAAAGACGGCUAAAAUAAAUGCAUGGGUAUGUGGGAACCUAUUUACCAGUUGCCAGGACACACGCUAUAGGUCCGUAGCCUCAGCAGUGGCUUCUGUUCUUCUCCUGGGAACUCUGUGUCUCCUGCUUCUGAUAGUUAUGGAAUCGGUCUCACUGUGUCGGUCGACAAUUUUGCUCAACCGAGGAUUUCAGAUAUCCUAUUGUGUACUUUUGGCAAUCGGCCUUUUAUCCCUUCUCACUGGAGUGCUCGUCUACACCGGAGAGGUAGGACGUCAGUGGUCCUAUUUGAUGACGGUGUGUGCCAGUGUGUUAGCCAUUCAGGUGGCGGUCAUGGUUGGCGUUGGCGCUAUUUGCGAAAAACAGAAUUGUGGAACCCCAGACUCCAAUGAAAUAUCAGGGAAUAAUGAUGCCAGGGGAGAAGAAGAACGAAAAAUGGACGUCGAGAAAUACACUCAUUCGCAAAUCACUUUGAUUUUCACGAGAGACUCAACUGAAUCUCUCGUUUAUGAUGUUCUACAACUGAAUGUGCUGCACACAGGCCGCCUCAUAUUUCAGUUGGUACGAUAUUCGAGAUAUCGCAGUAUAUUUUCACGAAGGAAACUGCUCACAACGUUGUCGAAGAGUUUUCAGCAACAUUUUUUGGGGUUUUGCGGUAUAGGUAUUUUGUCCAUAGCCAUACCACUCUCGUUUGAACGAUCGCCCUCCUUUUCUGGCGCAGUUAUUCUGGUGAGUCCACACCAAAGGGGGCAUCGGACUCGAUAUUCGCUCUUGUUAGAGCUCAUCAGCAUAGCAUAUCCAAUGACUGUGCCGCGAUUUGAACCCCGGACAUCUAGCAUGCGAGGCGAGUGCCUAACCACCACUCCACCGAUGCAUGUCGGACGUCUGAACAGUCGAACGUGUUCACACUUGAGCAAUGUGAUUCGUGUACCCGAAUCAUCGAAGGACGAUCCGGUAACUGUCCUGGUUGUGACGAUCGACUCGCCCGCCAGUCAGGACUUCCCAGUCAAAUAG